UGCGUACGCUCAUGAAACAAGCCCGUGACCUCUGCAGUUAAUUUACAAUUUCUCAAUGUAUUGCUGGGUUUGCUUUGCGCAGGAUGGAUAGUCAGAUUAGGCACGCUAUGGCGGCCAAGGUUAUGGGCAGGACCGAGUCGAGGGGGCAGGUGACCCAGAUGAGAGUCAAGUUCCUCGACGACCAGAACCGGUUCAUCACGAGAAACGUGAAGGGACCCGUCAGAGAAGGCGAUAUUCUCACUCUGCUUGAGUCUGAGAGAGAAGCAAGGAGGCUCCAUUGAUGGUUCCAUCUCAAGGGCCAAGCUUUCUUUGAGUUUUGGUGCAAUGAUGGUUUAUGUUACACGGAUGAAAUCUACUGCUAGAAUCUUUGAAGGAUGUUUCUCAUUUUCGUGCUUUUCUGAAUCUAGACUUACAAGGUUAGAACUUGAUCGAGUUGCAAGUUUGUGAGACAUAGCUUGUUUGAAUAUCAAGUGUGUUCUGGGAAUUCUCCAGACAAUUUUUGCUUCAGUAUCAGCC